AUGGGAAGUGCAUCAUUGCCGCCGGGAUUUCGAUUCCAUCCGACUGAUGAAGAACUGGUUGGGUAUUAUCUUAAAAGGAAAAAUGAGGGACUUGAAAUUGAGCUGGAAGUCAUUCCAGUAAUUGAUUUAUACAAAUUUGAUCCAUGGGAGCUGCCAGAAAAAUCAUUCCUGCCAAAGCGCGACAUGGAGUGGUUCUUUUUCUGCUAUCGAGACAAGAAGUAUCCAAAUGGAUCUCGAACUAAUCGAGCCACUAAAUCUGGAUACUGGAAGGCUACAGGAAAAGAUCGGAAAGUUGUCUGUGAGUCCCAAGGGUACCGCAAGACCUUGGUUUUCUAUCGCGGACGAGCACCACUUGGGGAUAGAACAGAUUGGAUUAUGCAUGAGUAUCGACUCUGUGAUGAUGUUUCCAACGACACCCCAAGUUUUCAGGGGUCUUUUGCCUUGUGUCGCAUUGUCAAAAAGAACGGAAACAUAGAGAGAACUUAUGCUCAUGGAGAUGCUACGCUUAAGCCGGCUGGAAAUGGUUCUAGCAGUAGUGAUCCUUUCACCUCAAGUGCUGUAUCAAAUGAACCAGCGGUGACUUCUAGUAACAUGCCUUUUCAAACCAUUGACGUGUGUAACGAGAGUAAUCAUCCAAUUCACUUUACUUCUCAAUAUCCGGUAGAACCUAUCGAGGGAUAUGAUCCAUCCACAAGCCUGUGGGGCUCGCCUAAUAUAGUUCUUGAUUCUUAUAAGGAAUGCUAUCCACAGUAUGACCAGUUUCCGUACCUGGGUUCACGGCCUUCAGACGAGCAACAUAAUAUCUCACAAAGUUCAUCUUACUCAAGUUUUAGAGAGGAGGUUGGACUUUCAGAUGAUCUAACUCAGUAUGGAUGCAUCUCACCUUACUCGUUUCAUGAAAACUACGAUGGACAUCCAAGCAAAUGA